AUGCUGCGUCGCACGUGUUUCGCGCGUGUGCACCUCUUUAGCGCGCUGGUGCCGCAGGUAAAGGUGCAAGCGCCGCACUUCUUGUCGGUAGAGGACCUGGCUACCGCCAAGGCUGCACUCGAGGAGCGCAAGCCAUACAUAGACUACCCCGAACUCGUUCAAUGCAUCGAGGCACUCGGCAAUAUUGACAAUGCCCGCAAGAAGAGCGAUGUGACGAAGAAGCUGAGUAGGUGUGUCGAUGCGCUGCGGGCUCAGUUGUAUCACAAGGACUCGACCGAUCCACGACGGCGGCUGGAGCUGCACGAGGCCGUUAUGGCAGCGGGCUUCUAUGAGCGUGUCAUCAGCGUGACGCAGCUUGAGGGAGAGGGAAUUCGCUACGUGAUGAACCACUUCAAUUUUGACGUGCGCCGCGACACGCUGAUCACCCAAAAGGUGCAUGAGGCGCUCUCGAAAGAGAAGACAACGACACCCGAGUCAGAGCAGCUUCUACGCGACCUGCUACUUCUCGAGCGUCGUCUCACUGGCAAGUACCGCUUCUCGCAGUUUGGCGGUCGCCGCUGGUUCGCGCUCGGCACACCGCUCUCCGAAAUCAAGACAGAGGAAGAGGUGCAGCGUCUUCUCGGCAUCAGCGUCAUUAAGAGUGACGGUAACUUCACUCUUGGGGAAGUGGAUUCGGGGAAGUUGUGGAAGACAAUCACGAUCAGGCCAAACGAGGAGCAGAACGCCACGUUUGCUGAAGUAGGGAACAUUUUCAAAGAUACCCGGGAAACCGACACGACGUUUGAGCUGCGCGUGCAGAAGCCGCAGAAGCCACCAGAUUUCUGGGAGCGACUCCGCGAAACUCUGCUGCGCUACUGGGUGUUGUGGUUCGCGGCGUGGGUGACCUUUUUUAUGGUGGAUGAGGAGAUUAUUACGCUGGUUGCGCUAAUCUUCCUGAAGCACCGGCAGACGAAAAUCCUGGAGGAGGAGGCGCAAAAGUCAGGAAGCAAAGUGUACAUCGCAUCCUCUGUUGGUCGCUCUCGAGAGUGA